AUGCAGUUCCCCCAGACGAGACGAGUUAUGAGGUGCCGUGGUAAUCAGGGAGCAACGCAGACGUUUUGGAGGAGGAAGAAGUUACGUGAGUGGGGCAGUGCAGAGGCUUGUGGCUUCAUCACUGCCACUGCGGCGCCAAGCCAUGUCAUGCCGUUGCCUCCCGACAUUCUUAAUAUCACUGUCUUGUCGGAUCACAUGAUAUAUAUAGCAGGGACAGCGCCGCCAGCAGUCACAGACUCUGUGCAUCGGCCUUCCACCGCACUGCAGCAGAAUCGGCAGAGGCUCGACCCAGCUUAUUACAUAGACCACAGCCAAGGCCGAUCCGACACGAUCAACGUCACAUAUGCACAUCCAAUGUAUGCAGCGCUCCUCGUGGCUUUGUGUUACGUCAACCAUCGCUUCCGUUCACGCACCCUUCUGCUGCCGGGCUGCCCUGGUUGUGCAGAGUCAUCCGUCCACACGCCUUAUGAGUCCCUCUGUAUUUCUUCAGCGUGCUAUACGAGUAUCAGCUGCUUCCCCGCUUGUGUCGCAGCAACGUUUGGCAUCCUGGUUUUCUUGUCCCAGCCUUUAGCGGUACAAGAGGCUGAAAACCAUUCCGCACUGCAUGCAGAACUCCCGUUUCGAACCGGAUUCGCUCACGCCGUGCAAAUUCCUCGCCAGAUUACGACUUUCAUUGCCACGCGACCAGUCGACCAAUUCAGAAAGAUGGCUCCGAUGGACAACGCCUUUCUCGACCCAAGCCGAGAGGAUCAAAACAACAUGAUGAACGCUUCCUGGGCAGCACAUAGUAACAACUUGACGACCAGAUCACGAGCCAGCUCAGUCGCUUCGAGCAGAUAUGUCCCUCAAGACUACCUCUUCGGCAAGAAGACACCCGCCGAGUUGCUCAAUCCUUCGACCCACGGUGGAGCACUUGUCCCUGUUGAUGAAAUAUCAUCAGUACGGAGCUAUGAGCCUUCUGUGCCAGAACAAUACGCAGUUCGGCCACACAAUCCGCAACUAGCCCUUCAACCAUACCCUGAUACUCCGUUACCUCUAGGAGGAUACGCCAGGCCUGCUGGCAGGCCUCGUGCGAGCACAGAAUCACGCCAUAACUCAGCACGCACCCAACGACAAAGUGAGGAUGAUGCUUACUAUCACUCCACCAGUGAUCGCGAUCUUCAACGAAGCCGAAGCCAUAAAGAGCGAAGCCGCCAUCGCCAUUACGAGACUGAUCGCGACAAGCAUCGAUCGGGAAGAUCACGCAAGGAUUCCUACUACGACGAUUCGCACAAAUCCUCAUCAUCACGGGAUUCAUCAAAAUCAAAAGAUAGGAAAGAUAAAGAAAAGCCUGUCAAGAGAGCAUCAUCAACCACGAAAAAGCGGCGUCCUACAUAUGUGAAUGCAGCUCAUCAAAGUAGGAAACUCCAACUCCGCUCCAUUGGGCGGCUCUUUAUUUUCCUUGUGGAGCCAUAUGAAGAGAACUUUUCAGACUCAUACAUUCGCUUGAGGUACCUUUCGCAGCAGCAUAGCAGCGCAGCGCAAGCAUUGUUAAGUAGACAGUACUUGAACAGCAACGAUCUUCCAUCCUCAUUCAUGUCCCACGAGGCUUCUUAUAUGCGCGAUGACAUUGACAUGUUCACCACCAAGGCAUUCCGGAAUCAUCACCUAGAAGGAGCUUGA